AUGCGAAACACUUACCAUUUGGCGUUGAGGAUUUGGACAAUUAAGAAUCGAGAUAGAAGAAUAGAAGAUAAAUGCAGUGUUUCAGUUUUCAAGAUCGCACUGACGUCAUCAUCAAAGGGUUCCUUAAUCUACCUUUGCAUUCCUCCCGCGUCUUGUUCUAACAGAUAUUGUUGGUUAUAUCAAAAGAAAACAAAAAUGGCUGGAGCUCCACCUGGGACUACCAAAAUGAUCAUCAAGGAAAUAGGUAUUGGCAUGGUGUUGGGUUACAUUUGUGGUGCUGCAUGGAAAUACACGUACCAUAAGGACCUGACCAGAAGGACCAAAUCCUUCUACCACAUGCUUGAUAAAGAAAGUAGUGAAGAAAGUAGAACACUAUGA